UUUGUUCUGUCAAGCAAUGGGGCGAGGGGAUUAAAAUACAUGUCGAAUUCAAGAAUAUUACACAAAACAUUGUCUAUUUAUUAUGAACGACGAGGUAUUUAAGGCAUUGUAUAUUGUUAUUAGAAACAUUUGAAUACCUACUCAAUUAAAAACACUGUAUGGGACUGGUUCGAAGAAAAAUGCCGGAACACUUAGAGCUACAACACCUCGUAGACCUCUCAGCAGGAAGCGGCGAUGAAAGCAUACCGAAUUUACUGGAAAACAAGCGUCCGCUUAUUAAACGCUGCCCAUUCUUCGGUUUGAUACUGGCCACACUCUCAUCCUUAUUCUUCUCACUAUGCUCUGUGAUUGUAAAGAGUCUUGUGAAUGUGGAUCCUAUACAACUGGCCAUGUGCAGGUUCAUAGGAAUACUCUUACCUACAAUUCCUAUAGUAAUCUACACAAAUCAACCUAUAUUUCCGAAAGGUAAGAGGUUAAUGCUCGCUUUACGGUCACUGAUGGGCACAAUUGGUUUAUUGUCCAGUUUUUAUGCCUUUCGGCACAUGCCAUUGGCCGAUGCCUCAGUUAUUGUAUUUUCAGUGCCUGUCUUUGUCUCAAUAUUUGCUUGUGUACUGUUAAAAGAGCCAUGCGGCAUUUGGAAUAUAGUAUCCAUUGUAUUAACUCUAUUAGGGGUUAUUUUGAUUACCAAUCCCCCGUUUCUAUUUGGAGGGGAUGAGGAGGUUCAUCAGAAUUACCAUUAUAAUACAGUAAAGGGAGCUUUGGCAGCCUUUGGUUCUACAAUUUUUGGCGCCAAUGCUUAUGUAUUAUUGAGAAUACUGAAAGGUCUCCAUUUCUCAGUUAUAAUGACGAAUUUUGGAAUGUAUGCUAUUUUGCAAACUCUGUUCUACUCGAUUAUUGCCGGUGUGUUGUGCAUGCCAAACUGUGGUACAGAACGGUUCCUGGUUGUUUGUCUUGCAUUGUUUAGUUAUUUGGGACAGAUACUGCUCACAAUGGCAUUACAAAUGGAGCAAGCAGGACCAGUGGCUAUAGCCCGCUCUGCAGACAUUGUUUUUGCAUUUCUUUGGCAAGUCAUGUUUUUCAAUGAGAUGCCGAGUAAAGCGUCUGUGAUGGGUGCUGUAUUAGUACUCAGUUCUGUCAUCCUGGUAGGCUUACGAAAGUGGGCAAUGGCUUUACCUGUCGACUCUGAAAUGAGAAGUAAAUUAGGUAUUCUAGCAAAAUAAUUAUAUAUUUUUGAAUCUUGAAUCCAUGAUGUAUAUUAUGUGUAAGUAAUUACAAUGUAUCAAAUGUUGUGAAUGCUCAUGUAUCACAUGUCAUUUUGAAAAUGUUUUUACUGUAUUGUUUUAAAUGUUAUUGUAUACUUUUUGCUUGUAUUUAUAAGAUGGAUCAACAUAUUUUGCCAUUAAGCAUAUAAAUAAUACAAUGCAAACUAUUCAACAUGUCACAAAUAAACUCAAAAGUCUCAAAACAUUAUAUUCAAGUGAGAUGACCAUAGUCAACCUAAGUUAUACAUAAGAUGCUUGAUUAUUUUAUGAACAUUACAAUGAUCACCUGGUUCCCUGUGUGACAAAAAUAUGCCUAAUACUUUAACCCUAUAUUUGACAGUGCAUAUUCCUAUUAUGACGCAUAAUAUUAAAUCAUACUCUGACUGAAUUUUAAAUAAUUCUUAUGCUAUGCAGCCUCAUAAUGCAAUAGAGCAUAAAUUUUAAGUUAAUAUAUAUUUCCUAUGUAUUGCAAAAGUUACUCUUAUAAAUAUACAAAUAAUUUUCUUCACACAGCAGACUAAAAUUAAAACAAAUAAGAAUAUUCAAUUGCCAGUUAUAGGGUUAAAUUUCGAUUUAAUAUCGUAUUAUUUUCGGAUAAUAUUCAUUAUUAUAGAAUAUUGUCUUCGGUUACCGCGAUAGUUACUCAUGUAAUAAAACUAUGAAAACGGAUUAUAUCGCGUAUAUUGAAUUUCCCGACAUCCCGACGUUUCGAACUCUUUACAGCGUUCGUGGUCAACGGGUGACUGAGGAAAAAUUACAAAGUGCAAAAAUACCCACAUACUAAAAUAAUGAACAAUCAUAGACUACAAACUUUAAGGCUGGUUGUACAUGCAAAAUCGGUUCAUAAGGCUAGUUAUACACUACAAUUAUUUUAAGUAAAGAUAUAUAUAUAUAUAUAUAUAUAUACGCGAUAAAAAACUUUUUGCACUUUGUAAUUUUUCCUCAGUCACCCGUUGACCACGAACGCUGUAAAGAGUUCGAAACGUCGGGAUGUAUUAUAAAUUCAAUAUACGCGAUAUAAUCCGUUUUCAUAGUUUUAUUUCAUUCAUUAUUAUAAUUAGCUAAGUACUAACUUGAUGCUUAAAAUAAGACCUUUCACCCUAAAAGACUGUUAAUUAAGUCCAUCGUAACUUGAGUUGUGUGUUACCUGUACCUACUAGUCACUUGUUCCUUUUAGUUUUAAUUUUAAACUUUAUAAACACUAGCUCUUGCGAGUAUCUGUUGAUAUUUUUUGUGUUUUCGAGUUUGACUGCUUGUUAAUUCUUAAUUUCAGUAUUCAUUUAGUAUUGGACGUUAUAAAGGGUGUCCUGUAAAUUAUGGACAACUUCAGAUGUGCAAAUUGCGGAGUUUCGAUAAAGUUCUCGGAGAUUUCAGGAAAAUUGCACAGGCGAUAGAACAAACUUUCAUUUUGGAAAUAUAAAACAUUUGAUUGAUUGAUUGAUUUGAUUGAUAAAUGACGAUUCCCAUACAGAAAAUAAAAGAAGUUUCCGAAAAUUUUCCACAUGGAUAUUUCGCAAUUUUGGAAUAUUUCUGACGACACAUUCAAGGUAAGGUUGUCCAUUAUUUACAGGACAUUAUAUGUAAAAUUAGCACUAUGCUGAAUGAACCGAAAGCUGAUAUAUGUACUUAACCAUAUUAUCUUUGUACCUACAUGGCAUAGAAAAUAGUAAUUAUUAAAUGUAAGUAUUUUUUUAUACAACACUCAUUCUAGUCUUUGAUAUUUGUAUUAUAAGUUAUAUUAAAUUUAUUAGAUUUUAAUUGCAAUUUGCACAUAUUUCUAUCAUGCUGCCGUUAUCACUAGUGUAAGAACAUAUCACGCGUUGUUCAUAUCAUAUAGUAGUUCACUGUUCAUUAUCAUUUAUUCUGUGUAGUUCAUUUUCAUUCAUAGGUAGUAAGGAAAGAUAGGCAGGUAUAGCAAAUCUAAGAUAUCUAUGUAUACUACUAAUAUUUCGACAGAUUUCUGAGAUAGUUGUAGAUAGGUUCAUCUUGUUUGCUUUUUAUUGUAUAGCUAUAGUUGGUCAAGCAAAUCUUGUCGGUAGAAAAAGGCGGCAAAUUUAAAAAAUGUAGGGUUAUCGUACUUAUCGUCUCAUAGAAAUUUUGAAUUUCGCGCCGUUGUCUACUGACAAGAUUUGCUUGACCAACUAUAACUGUUUUUUUUGCCCCUGUCAUUGUCACUAUCCGAUCUAAUAACUGGAAUUUUCACAUUUUUGUUAGUGACUGUUUUAACUGGAAAUACUUUAUUUUUAUUACUGAAAUAAUGAAAUAACCUAUUUUAUUUCGUGUUAUCGAUUCAUCUUAUCAAGGUUCUUCUGUAACUAUAGUUGGUCAAACCAAAUUGUCAGUAAAUAAGAACAAAAAAACUAUACUCAUCAUUUUCUGUUGGGUGCUAGUACUAGUGUAAGACAAAGAUAGUAUGAUACUUUGUAUGUUUGAAAUGAGACAGUCCUUUGAUAAAAAGAAACUUUAUUGUUAGUUUUCCUUUUAAACAAAG